AAGGGUACUUUUGCGAUCGGCAACCAACUUUAUCACGACGUAUUGACGGCCACCGUGAUACCUUUGCACAUUAAACUCUCCGACAUGGACGAUCCCAGCUCUGCUUUAACGUCGCCACGACGAUUGGCUGUCCUCAUCUCAGGAGAGGGAACGAACCUCCAAGCACUGAUAGACGCACAGAACACGUUGUUAUUGCCUAACACACACAUCGUCCUCGUUCUCUCUAACCGCAAAAAUGCGCGUGGCUUGAUACGCGCUUCCACUGCUUCCCCUCCGAUCCCUACUGCCUACCUCGGACUUCAGCCUUUUCUUAAAUCGAACCCGGGAAAAACACGUGAUGACUACGAUCUCGAAGUCGCGCGUAUCGUGAUUCGCGCUAAGCCAGAUGUGGUCGUGUGUGCGGGGUGGAUGCACAUCGUGAGCGAGGGGUUUUUGGAUGUGCUGAAGGGGACGCGGGUGUUAGAGGGCGAGGAGAUUCUUGCGAGGGAGGUGCCUGUGAUUAAUAUUCAUCCGGCGUUGUUUGGGCAGUUUGAUGGUACGCAUGCUGUUGAGCGAGGAUUUGAGGCGUUCCAGAAGGGUGAGGUGGAUGAGUUGGGCGUAAUGGUGCAUCGCGUGGUUAAAGAAGUUGAUCGUGGCGAGCCGUUAAUUCAAAGGAGAGUAGAGGUGGUGAAGGGGGAGGCGAUAGAGGUUUAUGAGGAGAGACUACAUAAGGUAGAGUGGGAGAUUAUUGUCGAGGCUACUCGGAUAAUAGUGGAUGAGAUACGACCGCCCCUGUCAAGUGACGGUACUAAUUUACAUAACUAGAGUGGUAGGUGGAAAUAUGACUUGCACGGUUGAUACAACAAAAUUAGAGAGAUAUGGUAAACAUUGGGAUACAGUAUUGAAUAUUAAUCUACAGGCAGACGACGCGCCUGAUUAAUGCGGGCGUAAGAUACCAUUCAUCUAAAUCGCAAACUAUACUCAGAACGGGAACCGCAUAGGGAGCGAGUUGUCCUGGUCUCUAUAAUGUGAAGGAUAAUUAUCACUGCUCGUGUAUU